ACCUUUUUUUUUUUUUACAAAACCAAAUGAUUAUCAACGAAUACAGAGUCAUCAACAAUUGUACUGAAGCAGAAUAUCAAGUCGCCCAAUUGUACGCAACUGCACUUGCUUCUGAAGAGAAUACAGGUGGAGGCGAAGGUGUUGAAGUCAUUAAAAACGAGCCUUACGAGAAAGAGGACGGCGAAAAGGGACAGUAUACCUACAAAAUCUUCCGUUUAGCGUCCAGAGUACCAGCUAUUGUGAAAGCGGUUGCUCCUGCAGGAGCCCUUGAUCUCUAUGAAGAGGCAUGGAAUGCUUAUCCUUAUUGUAAAACAGUGCUCAAGAAUGGUUAUAUGAAGGAUGCUUUUUCUAUCGUUUAUGAAACACUACACGUUGACGGGUCGCGAGGUGAAAUUGACAAUGCCCUCAACAUUAGCAAAGACUUAUUGAAAAAGAGAAAUGUGAUCAUUAUUGACGUUGCUCAUGACAAGAUUAACCCUAAAGAUUAUAAAGCCGAGGAGGAUCCCAAGCUAUAUCAUUCCGAAAAAACAGGCCGUGGCCCUUUGACCGACCCCGAUUGGCAAAAGAAGUGUGAGCCUGUUAUGACAUGCUACAAGCUCGUUUACAUUGAAUUCAAAUGGUUCGGUAUUCAAGGAAAAGUUGAAUCUUUCUUAGCAAGGACGAUACAUACUCUUUUUACAAAAUUUCACAGACAAUUGUUUUGUUGGACUGAUAAAUGGUAUGGUAUGACGAUCGAGGAUAUUCGUGCUUUGGAAGAAAAAAUCAAAGAAGAUUUAGAUAAAAAGAGAAACGAAGGCGAGUUGCCUGCUAAUACAUUAGAAGAUUAAGAAACUAAGGUCCUGCGCUCCUUGCACUUGAUCAUAUAUCAAGUCAACGUACUGCAGUUUUGUGGCUCUCGUUGAUAUUGUUGUUGUUGUUGUUAUUGUUGUUGUAUUCAAAAAAUUAAUUAAUAAAGUGAUAUAGACGUUUCUUGUCUUUGGCCAAUCUGUCCUCACCUGAUUUAGCUGUAGAAUGAUGAUAAAACAGUUUUUUAUUCAUCAC